CCUCGGGGACCGGCGGGUUUGUUUUGGCGGCCGCCGCGCACUAAAGUGACGCUAGGGCGCUGACGCAAGAGGAUGGCGGCCGCGGCGUUAGCAGCGGAGGGGGUGGCCGGAGCCGCCACCCCGGGACCCUCCAGCGGAGCGGCACAGAUGGCCGGGAGCCUGUGGGGGGGUCAGAGUUCCAUCAACUCUGCCCAGUCAACCCAGCCCAGCAUUGCCCCUCUUCUUCAGUCCUGUGAUUCUUCCAGACUCAUCUUCCGUACAGUAGAAACUACUGAACAUGUGGUCUGAUUGGGGACACUGCCCGAGAAGUGGGUCCUGUUGGCACUGACCUGAGAGAAUGCCUCCCCAGCUGGGUGGCUCCCUUCCGUGAUGGGCUGUGGGACAAGCAAAGUCCUCCCUGAGCCUCCCAAGGACAUUCAGCUGGACCUGGUCAAAAAGGUCGAGCCUUACACCGGCCACAAGAACGAUGUGUACAAACAUUUCAUCAAGGAUGAUGGAGGGUACACCAUCAAAGCUGGCUCCCCUUCGCCCCCUCAUAAUGCCAACCCCCCCGCCGGUGGACACCUGGCUGGCCAGAUGGAGUCCCCCGAGCCCCGCAGGAACAAAGUGGCCAGAUACCGGGCCAAGUUUGAUCCCCGAGUGACAGCCAAGUAUGACAUCAAGGCCCUGAUUGGCCGGGGCAGCUUCAGCAGAGUGGUCCGUGUGGAACAUAAAGCCACCAAACAGCCCUAUGCAAUCAAAAUGAUUGAGACAAAAUACAGGGAAGGGAGGGAAGUGUGCGAGUCUGAGCUGUGUGUGCUGCGUCGGGUCCGCCACACCAACAUCAUUCAGCUCAUUGAGGUGUUUGAGACUCAAGAGCGAGUUUACAUGGUGAUGGAGUUGGCCACCGGCGGAGAGCUGUUUGACCGGAUCAUUGCCAAAGGCUCCUUCACCGAAAGGGAUGCCACCCGGGUGCUGCAGAUGGUCCUAGAUGGGGUUAAGUACUUGCACACACUGGGCAUCACGCAUCGGGAUCUCAAGCCAGAAAACUUGCUGUACUACCACCCGGGCACUGACUCCAAAAUCAUGAUCACAGACUUUGGACUGGCUAGCGCCCGGAAGAAAGGGGAUGAUUGUCUGAUGAAGACCACGUGUGGCACACCAGAGUACAUUGCCCCCGAGAUCCUGGUCAGAAAGCCCUACACCAAUUCUGUGGACAUGUGGGCCCUGGGAGUGAUCUCGUACAUCUUGCUGAGUGGGACUAUGCCCUUUGAAGAUGAUAACCGGACCCGGUUGUACCGGCAGAUCCUGAAGGGAAAGUACAGUUACUCAGGGGAGCCUUGGCCCAGCGUGUCCAACCUGGCAAAGGAUUUCAUUGACCGCCUUCUGACUGUGGAUCCUGGGGACCGGAUGACAGCCCUACAAGCCUUAAAGCACCCGUGGGUGGUCAGCAUGGCUGCCUCCUCGUCCAUGAAGAACCUACACCGCUCUAUCUCUCAGAAUCUCCUCAAGAGGGCAUCUUCCCGCUGCCAGAGUACCAAGUCAGCCCAGUCCACCCGUUCGAGCCGCUCCACCAAGUCCAACAAGUCCCGGCGGGUGCGUGAACGGGAGCUGCGUGAACUCAAUCUGCGCUACCAGCAGCAGUACAACGGCUGAGGGCCUCACGGGGGAGGAACCCGUCUGAAGUCUUCCCAGAUGCACCCCUAUCUUCCUCCCCCCAUCCCUGGCUGGGCUGGAGAGAGGGCUGGGAAUUGGGGGGGAGAAGGAGGGACGGUGAAACUCGCCCUCAUGACGUGUCCACUGAGACAUCCGGGCUCCUGUUACCUCCUGACCCUACAGCCGGGGGAAAUGAGGUUGGCCAGCAGCUCAUGAAAUCUGUGCUUUUCUGGGGGAAGUGGGGGUGGGGUGGCUGUCAGGAGCCAGUGCACAGGUGGAAGAGUGAAACCUUCCUGUCCUUCGUGACCCGGGCUCAGCCAGGCCAAAGUGGGCCAGUGUCACAAGUUCCAAAGUGCCUCUACUCACACAAAGGUCAGCUAAGGACCAAAUGAAAAGGACAGUCACCGUGUGGGUCCAGCUCCCCAGAGUUUAUUGGUGCCAGAAUCUAAGGCCUUAGACCAUGACUGUGUGUAUGUACGUGUGUGUAUAUGUGUAUAUAUGCACACAAGCAUCCACAUCCAUGGACCCACAUGGGUGUUUGGUGGGCUCCAGCCAGAGAGCCCAGCUCUUGUUGGACUCCUGCAGGGUGUUUCCUGCACUGCUGGAGUAAAUGGAGGUUUCUGUGAUUCACCAUAUUGCCUUUCCAGAGCUAAAGAAAAACUUGAUAGCCUUUUAUAGUCCCCUUGUCACAAGGAGAGAGGGCAGGAUGGGAAAUGGUUGGACAUGUAUGUCUGUCUGGCGCCUUGGAGCCCAGACCUUGGGCAGUAGUAAGUAGUCUGAGACUCUAUGCAGGAGGGAGUGGGUUUGGAAAGACCCUGAAAACAGUGUUUUUUGGUGCACUGGAAAACCCAAGACCAAAAAAAAAAAAAAAAGCAUCCCCAUUCUCCCCCCCUGCACAUCCUCCCCCCCUUUAAAGAAACAAUCCCCCCUGGAAAGCCUUCUCCUUUCCCUGGCAGCCUCUGGCUAAAACUGGAAGGGGUGUCUGCUGGCCAGGCUGCCUUGAGCCGAGAUUUGGUUGUACUGUUCAGUGUUGGUCCUUCCCCACUAACAGUCCUUGCUGGAAGCUGCAGCUGACAUUAUCUGCCUCCUCCUCAGUUCUUCCUUGCUCAGGGGAACAGCAAGACCAACAGCUUCCAAGGACCCGAUCCGGCUUAUCUUCAUCUCCGGGGCUCCUCUUUGGAGGAGGAGGACGCGAGGAUGAUGCUUGGGAAUUGGAGAGGUGUCACCAGCACUCCUGAAAACGAACAUCUCUGGCUGGGGUGCUGUAAACUGGUUCCAUUUUGUUGUAAGCAGCACUGGGAGAGGGAGAACUGGACUCCCGUGGGAAGAGGAAGGGUUUAAAAUGUGCUCAUGUAGUUAGCACUCUUUGAAAUCCCCAAAGCUCCAACUCUGCCUUCUGUACAGUGAGCCAUUUCCCUGGGGGCAGAUGGCAGGACAGCAUCCUCUUACCUCCGGGGGAAAAAAAUCAUCUGUCCCAGAGUUGGGCACUUCCCCCCCACCCUCGGCCAGAGUCCCCUAGUCCAGAUUUCUGUGUCCUUCCGAGGGUUGGGUGGUGGUGGCAUCAUCUGACUCCGUAAGGUCUUUGACCCUUCUCCAGCUCGAUCAUUCAUGACUGAGAGGAGGGCACCGGGGACAGCAAGUGCUGUCAGUCUGCCCAGCAGGGGAAGUGUUACCCCAGGGGCACUUGAUUACGGGACCGUUUUGAGCCGCUCUACCCAGAGUCCCAUUCCUAGCUCUGGGUAAAGCAUGGGGGAAUUCCCCCUGCCUCAGGUCUUGGGUCUCACCUGGGAGAAGAGGGCUGUCUCAAGGAGUCACUGUGCCCCAGAAAGUGGGAAGCUCUCCAGUUCAGCCUCCCAUCCAUUCUUGCCUUUGGAAGAUGGGGAGUGGCCGGAGCGCUCUGCUAUCUUUAGAGCAGAGCCGACUGGUCCUUGGCCUUGGGUGUGGCUAUGUCUGGUGAGGUCAGGGAAGAAGAGAGACCUUCUCUACCAGUGGGCCAGAUUGAGUUUGGGGUUUUCUUACCCAGAAUUCGGAUGGGGCAGCAUCUAGGUUUCCUGGCAAUGCCCGGAGGGUUCCUGAGCAGCCCAGAAGCUCUGUCUUGGCUAAUGUAUGUGGCUCAAUCCCAGGCUUCCAUGUUGAAGUCAGUGUGGGAUCUGCAAUGACUCCGGGCUGAUUCUAGCUCAUUCAUCUUGGCCAUUAUUGGAUUCCUUUCCACGAGAGCUCUCUCCAGCCUUCCCCGUCCUCAUUUGUCCGUACGGAGAGUAGAGCUUGGUAUGCUGGGGACCUUGGAGUCUUGUGCUCCUGCUCUUUGCUGCAGGUUUGCGUUGGACCUGUCUCAUCCAUCCUGGCCCACAGUUCUCUGGCAGAUGCUAGUGCCUUUCUGCGUGAGCUUGGUUGGUUGGCUGGAUGCAGUUGGCAGCCUUGCUCUUUCUUCUCUCCACUCUGCCUAAAGACAGUGCUGUGUCACCCAAGGGAGAAGCUCCCUGCCCAUAUGUGAAGUUUUGCUUUUGGCUCACUUGCACUUGUAGCCCACCUAAGACUCAGCAACUGCACUAAGUCGUCUGCCUUGCCCUGGUGUUAUGUCUUUUCCCCCCAUUUCUGUUUCCUGAUGGUGGGGGUUACGGUUGACUCGAGGUGUUUUUAAGGCCUCAGAAUGUCCUCUAGUCAGGGGAUGGUGUGGCAUAGGUCACCGAAGGCCAUAGACUUUCCAGAAGAAGGAAACGCAAAGAAUCUGGAGAUGACGUCUGAGUUCUCUUCCCGUGUGGCUGCGGAAAAGAGAUCCAAGGACAUCGUCUCUGAUAAGGACCAGACGGUGCACUUUUGCCAAUGGAUGUGUCUUUCUUAAGGGCUUUGUCGUGGUGGGAAUGAGGUUUCUCUGCGCAAGAUUUGGUGACUCAGGUUGGAAUUGAGCGAGGGGGCUGGAGGAACCACUAAAAAGGGUGUGAGUGGCACUGAGUCACUGCAACAAAUCGCCUGUUGUGCCCAGCAGGUGAUCUGGGCCCAUGUUCUUCAGACCCUGUUUGUGGGGGGAAAAAGCCAGGAGGCCAUAGGACUGGGAGUCUGAGCAGUCCAGAUUCUUUCCCAUGGCAAGGCUUUCUGUAGGAAUUUUCCAUAAAUGAAAGAGAGAGUCAGAGAGAGAGAGUGAGUGUGUGUGAGAGAGAGAGUAAAAUUCACACCAUAUGUAUGUGUGUGUAUGUGAGAGAGAGAGUAAAAUUUACACCAUCCAUGUCUGACCACCAAUUUCAUCCAUUCCCUGAGGCACCCUGAUUACUUCACCCUUAAUCCUCGCUAAGUGCAGAAUGGGUACCAUCCUUCGGAUAUCCAUACCAGAGCAAAGGUUGGAGCUCAGCCUGACAGUGACAUCCCCAAGUGGCCAACUUUUGGGGCCCAGUCCCAAAGGUGGCUGCCCUCCUGGCAGCCGCACGACACAUCCACCUGGUCCAUCCAAUCAGUGGUAUUUGUUGAGCGAUUAUCCUAAACCUCCUGGUCUGGAGGUGAGUCGUCCCCUCUCUGAUCACUCUUGCAGCAGCCCCUGGCUGACAGCCCCCAUCUGAGCUGCUGCUCCUCUGGUUCUUAUAUGUCUCCCCUCAUGGACAUCCUCAUGUUUCUACUGGGGUAAUCAGCCACCCUCACCACUGCUGUUCUCAGGCUUUCCUCGCCUCACUCUUUCCCUCUUUCCCACAGGUCUGUCUUCUGACUCCCUGGGUGAGAGGCGAAUGAGGCUUCUGCCUCUGCGGGGUUCUUCCCAGGUGAAAAAGCAGAGCCCUAUUUCGAUUUCGGUUUUUUUCUUUAGCCCCAGAUGCUGCCUGGAGAGGAUAGUGAGGGUUCCUUGGGCCAAGCUGCCGUUUGGGGGCUUAGAGGGACAUCUAGUGGCCAACUGGGGUGUCUGCUUUGGAGAGAUUCUCCUAUUUUGGAGAUGAUGAUAUUUAAGCGCUUACUAUGUGCAGAGCACUGUUCUAAGCGCUGGGGGUAGAUACA